AUGGCAUCGUGUCGGGCACCAACCUCUACCAGCAUCAGUCCAAGAACACCAGGGCAUUCUGCACAUCUCGCGAGCUUCGCAACAUUGCGCAAUACCCGUCUUGUGCUUGUCAUAGUUAGCCAGAAUCGUUAUCUAUCCUGCAUCAAGCAGGGCUUUUGCACGUCGGUCCGAGGCUCUGCUCUUCUGCCUGGUGGUGCAUCUACUCUCUAUCAUGAAAUGGAGGCUGGUCAAUACAUAUGCACAGCUACUGAUCCAAGGGACAAGAGACCGUUAGAUUCAGAUCCUGUCAUACUCAAGAUCCGCCAACCAGAGGCCCCACCCACUGCGCCUCAGGUAGAUCCUCAGGAACAGACUGUCAAUGAAGGAGAUCCAGCACAAUUCCGCUGUUGGGUGCCUGGCAAUCCUCAAGCCGUGAUUCGGUGGAGUAAGAGAACUGGAGAACGUGAGGAUCAUUUCCCAUUUAGAUGUGACUUUUGUCGUAUUCAUAGGAACACUUCUCGAUGUUCAGCACUUCCCGCGGGAACGUUGGAUCGAGAUGGUUUCCUUCGCAUCACAAGCGCGAAAAUGUCUGACGCAGGAGAAUACAUCUGCACAGCCACUGAUCCUCGAGGAGGACCUCCUGUUGAAGCACCACCUGCACGCCUCAAUGUGAACCCGCUGCCAUUUCAACCACAAGUAGAACCACCGGAGCGAAACGUCAACGAAGGAGAUCCGGCUCAGUUCCGUUGUUGGGUACCCGGUUACCCACAUGCUGUCAUUCGAUGGAACAGGGAACGCGGACAGCCACUCCCUGUGGGAGCGUCUGCUAGAGACGGUUAUCUUCGCUUUGACCGGACAAGAAUGUCUGACGACGGAUAUUACAUCUGUACAGCGUCUGAUCCGACCGAUCCUAGGCGAGGACCUCCUCGUGAGGCCCCUCCUGCUCGGCUUCGUGUAACCCCGCCCUUUGCACCGCAAGUAGACCCACCUGAACAGACCGUCAAUGAAGGGGAACCAGCCCAGUUCCGUUGCACGGUGCCGGGAAAUCCGCAUGCUAUCCUCCGAUGGAGCAAGCAAAGUGGACUUCCGUUCCCUCAUGGCACGAUGGAAAGAGACGGCUUUCUUCGCAUCAACAGUGCUAGAAUGUCUGACGCUGGAGCAUAUAUUUGCACGGCUACUGAUCCCAGAGGAGGACCACCCAGACAAGCUCCACCUGCACGGCUUCAUGUAAAGAAGCCAGCAAUGGCUCCUCAAGUCGAUCCUCCAUCACAAACCGUUGACGAAGGUCAACCGUCGAGUAUUCGAUGCUGGGUUCCAGGCAAUCCAAGAGCUCAACUCAGAUGGACUAAGCAUGGCCGUCAACCACUUCCACCUCAUGCCCAUGAGAGAGACGGAGUGCUUACGAUUCCUCAGACAAGUAAAUCCGAUGAGGGUCAUUAUGUUUGUACUGCUUUCGAUCCUGAAACUAGAACUCCAACUGACGCUCCUCCCUGCCCACAUCGGCGUCCGACAACGCGGGCUCAAGGCGAUAUCAACGAGGAUUCCGUCCAGGAUCGAGGCAUUUUGACCGUAAAUAAUGCUAAACUCUCCGACGACGGCGAAUAUAUCUGUUCGGCUGAAGAUCCGCGAACGGGAGAAGAGUCGGAGGCUCCUCCAGCCAGUGUGCACGUUACGCCACGCCCACGAAGACCCGACUAUUCGCUGUUGGGUCGAGGCGACCCGCAGGCUCGUCUCACGUUCAAGCGAGCCGAUGGUGCACCAAUACCGUUUGGUGCCACCGACCUGGACGGAGUGUUGGCCAUCAGCAGCACGUUGAAGAGCGAUGAAGGCGACUACAUUUGCACGUACCAUCCAGCGGAUGGAAGUAGGCCAAAGGACUCCACACCAAGCACACUCAAAGUCGAGACCCCUGGUGAACCACCUCGACCAGUUGCCACUCCACCUGUGCUUACGGUGAAACGAGGCCAACCUGCACAAUUCCACUGCGACGCGCACUCACCGACGCCUGCUCAAAUCAAGUGGGGCCACGAUGAACAACCUCCAACGGCAAGAGUCGAACCGAGGGUCUGGAACGGAAAACCUGGAGACAAGCAUCAGUUCAAGUGCCAUGUUACAGGAGUUCCUACGCCAAAGGUGACGUGGUCCGGUCCCAACAACUCACCUCUUCCUCAUGAUGUGACUGAGCUAGAGGGAAAUAUUCUGGACUUUGCCAACGGUCGCACGGAACUCAAUGGAGAUUACACUUGUACUGCUACCAACCCUGUUGGAGAGGCAUCUGACUACGGCUCAGUAAAUAUUGGACCUUCACUUACCGUAAAAACCACUCCAGCUGGUCCGAGACUCAUACUUACAGUAGGCGAACCACUGCUGGUCAAGUGUGAGGCAUUUGGAGAACCUGAACCUGAGGUGGAAUGGCUGUAUGAUCCUGGACCAGAGCGUGGAGACCUUCCCGAUGACUACAAACCGGUCACGAUCUCAGAGCAGUUUAUUCGACACCCCGCCAUUGGGCUUGGUAACGCCGGCGCCUACACGUGUAAGGGAUCCAAUAGUCAUGCCACAGCUACAAAGAAUAUUUACGUCGAGGGUGGAGUCAUCUCCUUUUAG